GUCAGUUUCAUAUAUACAUAUUCAAGAUCAACGUGUUCUAAUUCGAAUUAGAUGUAAGGUACAAUAAAAUCGUAGUUGUAACGUGAGCCAGUACCUCUAUCAAAAUGUUAUAUAUAUUCCAUGUGGAGACAGGAAUGAUGAUGACUUUUGAUAUAAACCUAGCCCUUGAAACUGUUGCGCAUUUAAAAGGAGUUAUUUCUAAGGAGUGCAAGAUUCCUGAAGAAAAACAAGUUCUUUUGGCCAGUGGAGGUGAAACUUUGGAUCAUCCAAACCGUGUUUGUAGCUAUAGUGCAGGAACUGACACAAGCCCAAUUUUCCUUUUCAGCAAGGUAGCAAUAGAGUCACCUUCUCCACCUGUACCAAGUAUUGAUUAUGGGACAAGUCCAGAUAUGAAGAUUUAUGUAGAAAGUUGCAUAGACUUGCCCUCAACAUAUGAAACUGUGCUUAACAGAGCACAUUUAGCCCAGCAAUUUCAUGAAUUAGCCAAAAAACAAGCAAGUACUUGUAAGAAUCUAGUUCAUGACCAACAUCUUCAGCAACAAGGGUGGGCAGCUGUUGUAGCCAACCUUGAUGAUAUUACCCGUGCAUUUAGGAGUAGAACUGAAACUUUUAAGCAGAACUUCAGUGAGUAUCUACAGAGCAGGAGCUAUAAAGUUGAACUUCUCCAUAAUUUUAGCCAUGAUUUAAGCCUUCUGUCCAAGAUACCUAUCUUACCAUCUCUGUUAUGUGGAGUGUCCCAACAGGUGACAGAUUCUUUACAUGGAGAUAGUACUGCAUUGACCUUGUUACAGUGGAUAAGUUCUCAGGAUAAUCAGAGUAGUCUCGAACAUGUUGCAGAUCAGUGUCUUCGAGGACUUGAACAAUUUAGUGGGAGCACACUACAUGUAUUAUGUGGUGAAAUAGCUGACACUUUAGAAAAGUUAGACAAUGCUGAUAUGAAAGAAGUUAAAGGUCUAGAAGCUCGCUUGUAUGGACUAGAGAAGUUGAUGUUUGAGGCGCAACGAAUUGUAAGAGAACAGAAUGACUUGGCCCAGGCAUUUGUGCAGAAUCAAACAAGAGCGAGUAAUAUUGGAGAUACUUCUAUUUUACCAGAUUUGUGUACAUGCCACAGUAAACAGCUUCAGUUAAUGCUAAAAAACCAUGUGCAGUUAGAAGGGAUUUUGCAACGAUGUAUGGAUGCAAAGAAAGAACUCUCUUCAAAUUUACACAUACGACUUGGGUGGAUAAUGUAUGUUGAAGGAAAAAUCUCUGAUUUAGACAAUAAGCUCUCUAUAUAUCAUGAACAUUUGAAAAGAUUGAAAUGUCACCUAGAUGUUGUAGAACAGAUUCAUCUUACUCCUCAAGUUUAUAUUGCUGCUGUUGUAGAAGUAGUUAGGAGAAGAGAGUUUUCUACUGCUUUCAUGCAGUGGGCAAAUAGUUUAUCAGAGCAUUCUGUGCAUGAAUAUGAGGUGGAAGUGACAACUAGAAAAGCUUUCAAUGAAAAGAUUGCUAAUCACUUUCUUCAGUCACUUUUUCCUGGUAUGGAAGAUCUUCCACCUCCAUUUGCUAUCAACAGGCCUGAACCAUUUGACCAAGAGCUUCCAAGCAUAUUUGAAGAAGAUGUAGAGGAACUGAAAAAGAAACUUCCAGAGUUUGUAGAAAACUUUAUAUCUCUUUCUGAAAAUACAGAAAAACAUAUUGCUACAGUGCAAAAACUCUCAGAAUUUACAGAGUACAGAUUCUUGAGUAAUGAGCAGCAAAACACAACACAUAGGGCUUUUGACUCAAGAGUGAUUGCAAGGUCAAAAAUGCUCACAACUUCUGAUGAGGAGGAUUUAGCAGCCAGAGAUUUUAGUCAUGUACAACAGACAGCAGAAUAUACAUUAAGAGAACAAAUUACUGAAAAGGAGCAGUGUAGUUGUGUUAAGAAAAUACCUGUAACUUCAAUGGAAGUACCAGGAAUUUCUCACAGAGACUGGAAGGAAUACAGUGGAGAAGGGUUUGAGCCCUUUGGUUCAAAGGAGGAAUCAGAAUUCUUUCCAAAACCAGUGAUCUUUAAGCAAUGUUUUCACCAACAUCGAGCUGCAGAUUCAGAGCAUAAGAAAGUUCUGACAGAAAAACUAGGAAUUAGAAAAGCUCAUAGUGAUGGGGAUAUUAAAAAAACUUUAAGAGAUUUUCCAUUGUCAAAUUCAAAUUUCGUGUCUCAUGAUUUUCUGACAGCUGAUUUCUAUAUUGAUGAAUCUCUGCCAUCCUCUUAUACAGAAAGCAAUGGCACCUCUGGUGCAGGAAGGGGAAGCCAUAUGGUAAAAUCUCAUCAUCAAGUAAUUGCUGAGUUACAAAAACAGUUAGAAGAGAAACAUUCAACAUUACUAGAUGUUCAGGAGGAGCUUCAAAGCAACAAGCUUAAACUUUAUCAGUUGCAGUCUACAGUCACAGCUUUAGAAGACUUAGCCAAACUCGUUCAGAGGUCUCUAAGAUCUGAUCUAGCAAACCUGCAGGAUAAGGUUCUUCAAAGCCGCCAAGGAGUCCUAGAAAAUCUUCUUUCCUUAAGUUCCAAGGUACAGCAAGCAGUAGAACAUGUACAUGUUGAGCUUGGUCAAAUACAGAAACAAGCAGUACAAGAAGUUUUGGACAUUGCAGAAAAAGAGCAUCUUGUAGAAAUUCAACAUUAUCAACAACAGCUAGAUGUGAAAAUGCACAAGUUAAAAGAUGCUCAUCAGGAAAUUGAAGUUUAUCAUCAACAGAUGGUUUCUCAAGCUGACAUGAUAGACAACGUAAAACAUGAACUUGAAACAAGUAUUCAGCAAUUUCAAAGGGAAAUAGAAAAGGAGAGAAAGGAAGUUCUCCAGAAAAUGACCAUGGAAAAUGAGUUUGAACUGGAGUCUCUUGGAGUAGAGCUGAUGAAAACCAGUUCAGAAGGAAUCCAGGAGCUGUCUCUGUCUUUGAAAGAAAAAGAAACUCAGUCUCAGCUUUUGUACAAAGACAAACAGUCUUUUGAAGAAGCUUUGAUCAAAUGUUUCCACCAAGAAAGAGCAGUUUUAAUUCAGAACAUGGAGGAAAAGUUCCAAGAGCAUGAAAAGAAGACAGUUGAGUGGGCAAUACAAGAAGCUCACAAGAAUCAUCAGAAACAGCUUGAAAGAGUUCAGAAAGAAAAAGAAGAGUAUAUUGAAAUUUUGAAAAAAGAAAUAACACAAGAACUAGAAAAUAAGUGGCAAGAUAAAGUCCUCCAGUUAAAGGAAGAAUUGUUUUCUGAACACCAGAAGGAGUUAAAAGAUAAACUUGCUGUUUUGGAGAACCAACAUGAAGAAGAAAUUAAAGUACUACAUGAUAAACUGGAACAGGCACACAAAAAUGAAAUGCAGUCUCUCCAAUAUUGCUUUAGGAUGGAUAACAGUACAAAAACUGUGAAAGAAGUUAUGGAUCUUGAUACCCAUGAGCAGACUGUGGCUGACCUUCAACAACAGUUUGAGGCAGAGGAGAACAAACUGUUAGCACAAGCAGUAGAAAUAGAGAAACGAGCAUGGGAGGUUAAGCUACAAUCAACUGCAGAAGAAUUAUUACAAAAACAUGAAAAUGAAAUGGUAGAACUUAGUGAAAGACUUAAUAGAGAACAUCAAGAUCAACUUGGAAGCUUAAAAGCUAGGAUGCAUGCUGAAAAGCAGGUAAUAUUCAACCAAGCAGCGGCACAAGUCACUAGAGAAAAAGAUGUGAUUAUAGAAAAACUCAAGAGAGAAAAAGAAGAAUUGGAGAUGCAUUGGAAACAAGAAAGAGGAAGAGUAGUUUCGGAAAGAACUGACAUUUCAUCAGACCAAAGACAAUUGUUUGCAGAGGCUAUAGAAAGGGAGAAGAAGACUAGACAGAAUGAACUGUCAGAAACAAGACAAAAACUUUCUGAAAACAAAGAUGUUUCAGAGCUUGGUGCUGUAGGCUCUACAACUAGUGUAAUAGAAUCUGUAAUGGAAGUCUCAACAAGAGAAGAUUCGCAUUCGUCUGCAUGUAAAUCGCUCUGUACAAGUUCAGCAGGAGACAAAGUGUCUGUUUUAACGUGCAACAUUGGUGAUGUGAUACUUUUGUGCUAUGAUGAUAGAUACCAAAACUACCUAGCUUUUUACUUGGGUCCUGUUCUUCACUUUCUCCACACAGAUUCUUUGGAUGCUUUGGGAUUAAAGACAAUGUCGGGAGAACCAAGAAAAUUGUAUACUUUAGCAGAAGUUACUAACAAGGAAUACUGUCAAGCCAAAAAAGCCCAAAAUCGUUACAAGCUUUCUGUUGGUAGCAGAUUCUAUAGGAUAAAAGCUAAAUCCUGGAGCAAAGAGACUCAGUCACGCCGACAACCGCGAGGUGGCAGCACGGGUAGAAAACACACUGGAAAUGGAAAUUUGACUGCAUCUACUAUAUGAAGAAUCUGUUAUUAUAUUUAGCAGCCAUGUUUGUAGUAGGAAACAGUUUGCUAUCCCACUCACAACGGAACGAAAGAGAACGAUAGGAGAACUUUGAUUUAAUCCAAUAUUUUUCAUCGUUACAAACGAAUAGUUUUCUACCGGAACCAGGUUUACCCCAGAUAGUUCUACGGAUUUAUAUAAUCGAGUCCACUACGCAGAAUUUUGUUUUAUUAUUUGUAUUUUUUAUAUUUAUUUACACGUAUUUGAAGAGAGAGAGAGAGUGAUGACAAUUGUUGCUUUUGAUUGAUUGUUUUUUAUGUGUGAUGAUAUUCUAACGCCAGGCAUUCACUUGGCUUUUUUUCUUAAGUAUUUAAUUUUUCAGUGUGAAAUGUUCAAUGCUGAUACCAUCAAAAUUAGAAAGACGUACGGUUGUUUAUAAAACGGACUUCUGUGUUCCGUGUUAUCCACAGACUACAUACUCGUGUGUAUUUGGUUACAUAUUCUACCACAAAGAGUUUAUACUGUGGGCUUCUUUGGAUAGAAUCACAACAAGACCGUUUCUCUAGAACGAUUUUGAAUCUUCACAAAAUUAUUAGUUACUCGCUAAAAUCUUAGCAUAUAUUUGAUAUCUAGGUGAAAUGUUAAAGAUAUAUUAUUCAAGUUCCGAAAUAUAUUUAGGCUGUGUUUAAAAUCUCUCAAUUUGUUUUGUGAUAUUUACCAAGAUAAAAAUAUAACUGUAUGUGAAUUGAGAUAAUUUGGUCAGCAGUGCGUCUAUUAAAGACCAAUGUGUUAUAAUGGUCAACUUUAUCUUGUUUGACCAAAUAAUAUGAUGAAAACUUUUAAUUCGAAUGUUGAUAAUAAUAUAAAAAGAUUAAUUAAGGUCUUAUAAAUUUCUAUUAGUAAGUGCACAACUGAUGGACCUGAUUUUGCAUCAUUAGGCUUGGUGGCUGUUACAUAGUUGCUAUCUGCUACUUAGUACAUAUAGCCACGUCUAAAAUAGUCUUCAUUUGUUUUGUUUUACUUUUAAUUGACGAAAGCUCUGUUUUUUUUAUAUAUCCAUAGAUAGUUAUCAAUAAAACUGUUAAUGUAAUUAAAGAACACCUCUUUAUCUUUUUCAAAAAAAUAUUUUAGCUGUGUAUUUUAAACAAAUGUUUUUGUGAAUUCUUAAAUCAAUGAAACUUACAAUUAUACAUUCCUAACUCUCAUAACCCGUGUUGUUUUUGCUUUUUAUUGUUUUAAAAGGCUUGAGAAUAUGGUGUUUCGAAUAAACUUUAUAUUAAUUUUUUGGGUCAUAAUUUUACUUUUAACAAUAAUUUUCGAAGUAUCUUUUUAACUUGGUAUUAAAUACUUCAACAAGGCUAUUAGCUUUAAACUAUAGCAAUUAUAGUUUUAAAUAAAAAAAUACGUUCUCAUAAAUGCACAUCAUGUUUUAUUUCAAUUCUCAUACAAAUUCCAAGAAUGUUGAUUAAAUAAUUAAAAAAUCACAAACUUUUAAUUGAUACUUCAUUAUGAGAUGUAUCAUUAAAAAAGUUAGAAUUUGUUAAUUUAAUAACUAUUGACAGAGAACUGUUAAAAGACUGAAUUUCUCCAAAGUGAUCUCACAUAAGUUUUAUUUUUAGCCCUAGCACCAUAAUCUGUUUCUAUUUCUUCACCACUUCUGCAGAUAUAUACUUUAUGAAGCUCUUUAUACCCCUAUAACAAUCUAUAGUCAUAGUAGUUCAUUAUUAUUCAAUCAUCGUCAAUAAUCUGAAGACUGAACACAUUGUAAAAAUAAAUGAUAAUUCUAAUUCAACAUCUCAUUAUCAUAGUUUCCUGGUGUUAAUUUCUUUCAACAAUCUUACAUUCAUUGUUAUGGUGUGUACGCCUUUUACAAGCUGGCGAAGAAUGAUUACAAUUAUACUUGUCAUAAGACAUUAGUAUUAGGCCUAUUACAUUUGUAAGCACUACAUUCUUAAACUGGUCCUUUAGGGAUUUUCAAGAUUGAGACGAGAGUAUAAUAAUAGUAUUCCAAGCACACUGUAUUUGUCAUAUCCAUUGCCGACGACGUGUUUCAAAGUUCUUCAGGCCGGCUGGUAUACAACAAACACAGUAGUGGUCGGAACACGAUUUAUAUAAGCCAUUUGAUACAACAGUUGUUAUAGUCACCAGCAAUGGAUAUGUUAAAUAUAUGUCAAGUAUAAUUAUAAUCUCAUAUUUUGCCAACCUUAAAUAUACUUAUUUCACUUUCUAUCUGAAACUUGCCUAUAUUUCAAAGUUCGUCAAUUUCUAGGUAUCUGUAAAAUUGAAUUUUUGUGAAAGUUUUAUAUAUCUGUCUACGAACCACAUAAUCAUUCAUUUUCGAUCUCCUAAAAAUCCUUUAUUCAAGCUUAUUUACACAGUUUAUUGUUAAGACCACACAAAAUAUAAACUUAUCUAUACAAGCCACAAUGUUUGAGAGUUUUGAUUUCUUUCUCUUCUUCAUGCCUUUAACUGAGCCUAGAUUAUAGUUUUAACUGUCACGUCAUCAAAUGUAUUCUUUAUAAAUUGUUUGUAAUAUCUGAUGUAUAGACAUCCACGAUUCCAUGCUGCAUUUUGUUGUUGCUUGGAUUUGGGGUUCUUUGGUAGGUGCAUAGUAAAAUUAUUAGUUCAAGCAAAGCGAUUUUGAUGUUUAACAAUUAGAAGCUGGGCCUGUAUACUUAGAAUACUCUGGGUAUUUGUGUUGUACAUUUUAUGCGAUAGAUUUUAGGAUUAAAUUUCGUGGACCACAUUCAAUAAAGAUAAUUUUUACAAGAAAAAAGUUUGCAACUGUUUAUUUUGAUAUGUAUUUGCAAAAAAUUGUAGUUGCAUAGUUUGAUGAUGAAAAAAAUGCUACAACGUGUUCGCCGAUAUUUUGCUAAUUCUGACAUGAUCUUUUGUUGUUUUAUGCAAUAAAAUGUGUUCAGAAAUGCCCUCGCGUUUUAUCAUUAUGUAAAAUAAUUAAUAUUUAGUUACUUGAUUUCUGUAAAUAGAACAGGCUGUUCACAUUGUAAAUCUGAAGUGAUCCUAGAGUGUCGGGUAAUUAGCCGUCGUUUUAUAUCAUUUGGUUCUGUAUAUAUUUUGCACA